AUGGAAAACAGCACAGAUGAUGAUCCAGAGAGCAAUCUGACUUUCUGUUUAGUUGACCACACUCUACGCCAAACUCUAUUCCCUGUGGUGUACGUUGCUGUUCUUGGUGUUGGUCUGCCAGCAAAUUGCUUGUCAUUGUAUUAUGGAUAUUUACAAAUAAAAGCCAAGAAUGAACUCGGUAUAUAUCUGUGCAACUUAACAGUGGCUGACCUCCUUUAUAUCUUCUCUCUGCCCUUCUGGCUUCAGUAUGUUUUGCAGCAAGAUAACUGGACCUAUAAUGAGACAAUGUGCAGGAUCUGUGGCAUUCUGCUGUAUGAGAAUAUAUACAUCAGCAUUGGAUUUCUCUGCUGUAUCUCAGUAGACCGUUACCUUGCCUUGGUUCAUCCUUUCAAGUUCCACAAACUGAGGACAAUGAAGGCCGCUCUUGCUGUUAGCAUGAUUAUUUGGCUCAAGGAAAUAAUGACAAGCUACAUUUUCUUCAUACAUGGAGAAGUCAGUGAAGAUCCAGAAAGCCACAUAGUAUGCUUUGAACAUUAUCCAAUUCAACCAUGGGAGCACAAUAUUAAUUACUAUCGCUUCUUUGCUGGGUUCCUUUUUCCAAUAAUUCUACUGCUGUUUUCCUACUGCUGCAUUUUUAGAGAGGUUGGAAACAGCAAAGGCGCCCAGACUAAGAAAAAGCUGCAAGUCAAGCAGUUGGUUCUCAGCACUGUUAUCAUCUUCUUGGUAUGUUUUGGACCAUACCAUGUACUGGUGGUCAUCCGAAGUUUCUUUGAAAGAAAUUGUUUAUUUGCUGUUAAAAUAUUUAAUGUUUACCACUUUUCGCUGCUGCUAACCAGCCUCAACUGUGUUGCAGAUCCAGUGUUAUAUUGUUUUGCCAGUGAAAAUACUUACAAAGACUUUAUUAAACUAAAAAGCUCAUGCAUGACAAGUUUAAGUUGCCUCAAAGAUGAACAGAAGGAACCAAAGCAAUUCAAAAGUGCAGAGACUUACCCUGCAACACAAGUACCACUUGAGAUCGAGCCUGUGGAGCUAUGUGAAAAGAAGAUUCAAGCACUCAGUUUAGGGUGCUGA